AUGAAGAAGACAAAUGUUUCAAAAAAUCUUCUUUCCCCUUAUUUGUCUUUUCUAUGUAUGAUUAUCGGCUGUUUAAUCCUUUGUUAUAUAUGUGGACUUGAACAAAGGAAAUAUUAUGAUAUUAGUACAUUUAGUGUGAGAAAUUGUAGAAUCUUAUUCGACCCUCAAAAAAAUGACUUCGUUGGAUCUUUUAAUUCCAAACAUUUAGUAAAUGAACUGGAAGAAAAUUUAAGGGAUGAAUCGGAUAUGGCGUUUGAUAACAUUUUAAGAGAGAAUGAUAGGAGUAUAUUUCAAGAUAAUAACAAUAGUUCAGAGAAUAAUAAUGAUAUUCCAAUAAAUAUAAUUCCUAUUAUUCCUAGAGAAUCUGAUACCAAUAUUAAUGACGAAAAUGUUGCUAAUUUGGUGACUGAUAUAGUUGAGAAUUUGCAUGAUUCUGAUGAAAUUGUUAAUAGUAAUAAUAUUAAUGAUGAACCAAAUCAGAAUAUUGAUUGUUGUAAUCUCCCAGUAGGUACUAUUGAAAAUUCAAUAUCAGAUCAUGGUAUUGGAAAUAAUAAUACUUCAUCCGGUUCUAGGAAUGAUAACAUGAAUAUACAUAUUAUAGGUAAUGAUACUAUGAAUGUAGAAAGGUUUCGAAAUGCAUAUAAUUUACAUCUUAUAAAUCCUCAUAGAUUUCAUGACAUAUAUCCUAUAAGUAUAAAUGAAUUUAAUGAAGAUGAAGAGCAUUGUGGUUAUUAUAGUACUAUGAGAAAUAGUAUGUGCUAUAAUGAAUUGGAAAAUAGAUUGUAUAGAAUUCGUGAAGAAAUUAAUGAACUUUAUGAUAAUAUCGUAAAUAGUUUUCCUGAUUCUAGAGAAGGUAGAGAUAGGUUUCGUAUAUAUUUAGACGCAUUAAACGAAAGAAAUGUUCUGGAAGAUGAUGCUUUAUUAAAUAAUGAGCAUAAUCAUAUACGUGUGGAACAUAAUUAUAGAUUACGCCAAAGAAUGAGACGUCCAGAUAGGUUGACUAUUUUUCCUAUCGAUAACAUGUUUAGUUGCAAUUAUUAUGCCAAUUAUCUUUUCAAUAAUAAUGUUGAGCAAGACAACAAUAGGCAUAUGAAUAAUGAACUUCCUAGUUUGAAUCAGGAUGUAUACAAUUCUUUGUCCGAUGGAAAUGGAAACUAUACAUCUGAAAAUGCGGAAAGAGGUAGAGAAAUUACUAAUAUUUCUAUGAAUGAUCGUUGUUCUUAUGACUAUUAUAAUAUAUUUGAUAGAGACUAUACUGGAAAUAGAGAAAAUAUAUUAGACAAUAAUGAAAGGGAAUUGGAAUGCUCUAAAGGUGAUAUAAAUAAAGAAGAAAAUAAAGAAGAAACCAAGAAGGAUACUAAUGAAGUAUGUAAUGAAGAAAACAAGAAGGAUACUAAUGAAGAAUAUAAAAAGGAUAAUAAGGAUAGUACUGAAAAUAGAAAGGAAGAUGAUGAAAAUGAAUUAUAUAGUACAGGAGAAAAUGAAACCCAAGUAUGUAAUGGAACGAAUAACAUAUUUGAUAAUAAUGAACAAAAUGAAUAUGGAAUGAUAAACAAUAGAACAGAUACAAUUUCAAGAGCAUUAAAUAUAAACUCUGAUACGUGUGCAGUAAAUAAUAUCAAUAUAUGGUCCGAUAGCUAUUCUGAAUCUUCUAUGGAUUAUGAAUAUGAUAAUAAUUCGGUGAAUACCACAAGAGAUAUAUCUGGGAGUCAUGGAAGAGUUCUAGAAUCGAGGGAUGCAUUCCCAGAACGAGAGUUCUCUCCAUUAUUUACGGAAGAUAUAAUUAUAGCACCAUCAUCUUCUGAUACAAACGAAGCAGAUCCUGAAGAUGAGUCAUUUCGAUAUAUCAAUAGAAGAAAUGAAUUACGAGAAAUGCGAAGAGUGCGACGAAUUCUAUUAAUACGACAAAUAAGACAAUCAGAAGAAAUGACACCAACAUAUCGAGUGAGGGAAACCGUUGAAGAGGAAUUAACAGAUGAAGAGGAAGAAACAGAUGAAGAGGAAGAAACAGAUGAAGAGGAAGAAACAGAACAAGAGGGAGAAACAGAACAAGUUGGAGAAACAGAACAAGUUGGAGAAACAGAACAAGUUGGAGAAACAGAACAAGUGGGAGAAGCACAAGAAACAGAAGAACUGGUAAUACCAUAUAAUAGUGAAUAUGAUGAUCUUUAUUCAUCUACUGAUUCAAAUGAAAGGGAUCUACAUCCUUCGUCUGAAGUUAUAACUGAAAGAAUUGAUGAGAAUGAUAUAGACAGUGAAGAUAAACAUAUAUUGUUUGAGAGAGAAAAUUCGAAAUCUUCUGUAGAUCAUAGUGAAAAUUCGAAAUCUUCUGUGCAUGAUAGUGAAAAUUCGAAAUCUUCUGUAGAUCAUAGUGAAAGUUCGAUUUAUCCCUUAUUAUACAGUGCAAAUUCACUAUCAUCAGCACGCUAUAAUGAAAAUUCGUAUUCAUCCUCACGUAAUAAUGAACAGGAGCAAUCAUCAAAUAAUCAAAACGUUUUUAAGUCAGGUGGAGGUUCAAACAUUAAAACGUAUCAUGUUGAAACCAUAUAUAAUGAUUUUAAUAUUAAUUUAUUACAUAAUUUUAUGGAUUAUAAUGGUUAUAAAGAUACAACAAGAAGAGAGAAUUUAGAUAUUAUGUUAAAAGCGUUAGAAAAUUUACCAAAGAAGGAUGAGUCGUUGAAUAUAUGGACGUAUGCACUUAAAGUAUCAUUAGCAAUUAUAGAAUAUGUUUCAAACGAAAUAUUUUCUUUGGCAGAAAUGAUAAUAGACGACUUCGGAUGGAAUAGGGGUGAUUGUAAUGAUGAUAAUUGUAAAUGGUGUGUGGCCUAUAAUAUGUGCAAAAUAUAUUUAAUAACGUUGUUUUUUAUUAUGGGUUCUAAACGAUGGAAUUCAAAUUUCUCAUAUAAAUAUUUAACUUGUAAGGAAUUUAUACUUACACGCUUCAAAAAAUUAGUAUAUGAUUCAAUAGAUUUUAUUGAUGCAUAUAUUGCUAUUGUAGAAUAUUUCUUUUGGAAAAGUAUAUUUCCUAAUCCUAAAGAUUCUUAA